AUGGAUGGACCGGACCAAAUAGGUCCCGAUCACGGACCACGCCGAACUGUUGGCGACAAGCUGCGGCGGGUGGUCAAGACUUUUACGACGAGAGAUGGCCUGCUUGGCAACUACGACUACGCAUACCUUUUUACACCGCGAUUGCCUUUCACAAAACGAGCGCGUAAAUCUGCGCCUUUCUUCGGCCUUGAAGAUCGUGUGCCCGUGGUGUCUGCAACAUGCGCUGUCGAUGCUGGCUGGAGUCAUCUCCCCCCCAUCAUCCUCGGUGGCUCUGGAGGUGUCAACUUUGGAGAUGAGCUUCACCAAUAUCUCGUCUCUGCCUCGUUGAUCGCCUCGGGCUUUCUGAGUGCGAUGCAAAUGGCUCGGUUCCGGAUCUUUGGGACCAAGUACUUUGUCGGCACGGGGUUGCUCUCCGUCGUCGGAACCUCAUUCGCGACCAUCACCGUGGCCACAGGAACAUUUUCCCAAAUGUACAAGUCAGGCUAUUGCCCCCUCGACGCAGAUGGAAAUCGACUUCCUUGUCCUCGAGGCUACGGCGCCCUUCUCGGGACAUCAUGUCUCUGCGCACUACUCGAGAUCGGCCUCUCCUUCACCAGCAGUCGCAUCCUCUCUCGCAUCUUCCCAGCACUCGUCACCGGUCCCACCGUCCUCCUCAUCGGCGCCUCGCUCAUCCAAUCCGGCAUGCAAGACUGGGCCGGUGGUACCGGCUGCGUGCCCGCAUCUUCAACCGCGACUCGCCCACUGUGUCCCAGCGCCAGCGCCCCGCACGCGCUCCCCUGGGGCAGUCCCGAGUUCAUCGGACUCGGCUUCCUCGUCUUUGUCACCAUCAUUCUCUGUGAACGAUUCGGCCCUCCAAUCUUGAAAAGCUGCGCCGUCGUCGUCGGUCUCGUCCUUCAUUCCCCUGGGUCCACACAUUCCCCCCUGUCCAUCUACCCGCCUCUCAUCCUCCCAUUACUCGCUCUGUACAUCGUCCUCUUGAUGGAAUCCAUCGGCGACAUCGCCGCCACCUGCGACGUGUCCCGCCUCGCCGUCCAAGGCGCCACCUUCGACUCCCGCAUCCAAGGCGGCGUCCUCGGAAACGGCCUCACCUCCAUCAUCGCCGGCCUCAUGACCAUCAGCCCCAUGUCCGUCUUCGCCCAGAACAACGGCGUGAUCGCCCUGACCAAAUGCGCCAACCGCACCGCCGGCUUCUGCUGCUGCUUUUUCCUCGUGCUCAUGGGCGUAUUUGCGAAAUUCGCCGCCGCGCUGGUCAGCAUCCCCAGCGCGGUCCUAGGCGGCAUGACCACGUUUUUGUUCAGCAGCGUGGCGGUCUCUGGCAUCCGAAUCAUUUCCACGAUUGAGUUUACGCGGCGGAAUCGAUUCAUUCUGACGGCGUCGUUCUCGCUGGGCAUGGGCAUCACGCUGGUGCCGAAUUGGUGGGGGUAUGUGUUUACGUAUCAGGGGGAUAAUCAUGCGUUGGAGGGGCUGUUGAAUGCGGUGGAUUUGGUGAUGCAGAAUGGGUUUGCUGUGUGUGCGAUUUUGGGGGUGAUUCUAAAUCUGAUCAUUCCUGAGGAGGCGGACGAUGUUCCGGCGAUGUUGUUGAAUUCGGCGGAUGUGGAUGCGGAUGGGACUGGAGAUGGAAAUGGAGUAAGGGGCCAGAUGGUUGCUCCGGUUGAGGGAUUGGGAGAAAAGAGGGAACAAUCGAUUGGGCAAGCGAUCCCGAUGGGCAAGUGA